GAGCGGGGCGGGGCGGGCCGCGCGGGCCGGGGGUGUCGGAUGUCACCCCCCGCGUACACCUCGGCCGGGAGGCGGGGAAGCGAACCACUGAGAUGAGGAGACCUCCUCGGUCCUAGAGCGGUGCAGGAAGUGUCCCAGGGGAGGGAGCCGGAGGGCUCCGGCCUUUCCUUUCCGCGGCGGCCCGGCCUGCGCGGCCCGCCAACCGGGACGCUGCUCAGCGGCGGCUCCCUUCGCUCCCAAGCCCAGCUGAUGCUCCCUAGAUGAUCCCGAGACAGGGUUGGCCUGGCCAGGAACGGAAUCUGGCCCAUGCAGAGGAGCCGCCUCGGGGGAGACACCAGGGAGACCGGGCUGGAAGGUGAGAACCUGCUACCCUGCAGUCCCGGGCUUCGAGGUGAAGAGCCAGCAAACCUGGAAGAGUAUCAGUUUGUGAAGAUCUCAAGAACAGCGACAGUGACUUUGGCUUCAGAGCUUCAAGAUUGCGGCCUGCUGGGGCUAUAUCCUCCAAGAGGACCUGUCCACAAAGCCCUGUGCCCACGAGUCUUGGCUCCAAAGGAAAGUGAGGAGCCCAGGAAAAUGCGGAGUCCUCCUGGAGAGAACCCCAGCCCUCAGGGUGAGCCUCCCAGCCCAGAGUCCUCUCGACGCCUCUUCCGCCGGUUCCGCUACCAGGAGGCCGCAGGCCCUCGGGAGGCCCUGCAGCGCCUCUGGGAGCUGUGCCGGGGCUGGCUGCGGCUUGAGAGGCACACGAAGGAGCAGAUCCUGGAGCUGCUGGUGCUGGAGCAGUUCCUGGCCAUCCUGCCAUGGGAGAUCCAGAGCUGGGUGCGUGCCCAGGAGCCGGAGAGCGGAGAGCAGGCUGUGGCUGCUGUAGAGGCUCUGGAACGGGAGCCAGGGAGACCCUGGCAGUGGCUCAAGCACUGUGAGGACCCUGUGGUGAUUGAAGAUGGCGAUGGGCCUGGGCCUCAGGACCUGGAACAGGAGCGAAUGUCAGCAGAGUCCCAGAGCAACCCUGAUGCCCAGCCUGUGGCCCUAGCACAGGGCCUCGGGCUCCUAAGCAGACCACCAGGCCAGCCCACUGAGGACCCAAUUCCGCAAGAUGUUUUCCUUGUUCAGGAGCCGAGUAUCAGGGACGCCCAGCCGGUGACCACCUGCCAGCUGCCCCCGAGCCGAGUUUCUCCAUUUAAGGACAUGAUCUUAUGCUUCUCAGAAGAAGACUGGUCCCUUCUGGACCCGGCGCAGACUGGUUUCUAUGGAGAAUUCAUCAUUGGGGAGGACUACGGGGUCUCCAUGCCGCCAAAUGACCUUGCAGCUCAGCCAGCUCAGCCCUCACCUGAAGAGGAGAACGGGUCACGGGUUACCGAGAUGACAGACCUCCAGGGUAAAGACGCACCCCAGAUCUCCUGCUUAGACCUUCCUAGUCUCCAGCCGUUCCAAGAAGAAGGAAGGAAAUGGGAGGAACUGCAGGUGCCAGAGCUCCAGUCCUGCCAGCAGGGGGCGCUCACUCAAAGUCCUAGUCCAGGAGGUGACCCACCGCCCCUAAAGAGCAGCCUGGACCAGGAGGUGACCAUUGAGAUCGUGCUGUCCAGUUCUGGGGAUGAGGACUCCCAACACAGCCCAUAUUGCACAGAGGAGCUGAGGAGCCCUACAGAAAAGCCCCACAGUCUCCCGACCCACCGGGGCAGCACUGAGGUUGGGGGUGAGGUGCAGACCUCACAAAAGUCUUACAUGUGUCCGAGCUGUGGGAAGAGCUUCCGCUGGAGGGUCAACUUCAUCCGGCACAUGCGCAGCCGCAGGGAGCAGAAGCCACACAAGUGCGCAGUGUGUGGGGAGUUAUUCAGUGACAGCGAGGACCUGGACGGACACCUGGAGACCCAUGAGGUCCAGAAGCCCUACAGGUGCACUAUCUGCGGGAAGAGCUUCCGCCUCAACUCACACCUGCUCUCCCACCGACGCAUCAUCCACUUGCAGCCAGACAGGCAGCAGCCGGUGAAGAAGAGUGAGGAGGACGCGUCGGAAACGGAGGGUACGGGUGCCCAGGCCCUGAUGGAGAAGAGCAAGGCCAAGCUGGGCUUCCGGUGCGGGAACUGUGGAAAGAGCUUCCAGCGACAUGACCAUCUGGUGAGACACCGUAGCCACUGUCACCUGAAGAGCGAGGGCCAUCCCCUCCAGUGUCGGUACUGUGUCAAAACUUUCCGGCAGAAUUAUGAUCUUCUCCGCCACGAGCGCAUACACAUGAAGCGUCGCUCCAAGCAGGCUCUGAACUCAUACUGAGCAGGGUGUGGCCCCGUGAGCUAGUCCCUGCCCGAGCACAAAGCCCGAACCACCUGCCCUUUGCUCUCAGGUAGUGUUCAACUUCUGGUGCCGUGCCUCUUCCUCCCCAGAUAAAGUAGCCACCUGAGCAGUCUUUCUGCUGUGCCAAACCCAGGGAGGCGAGGCAACUCCAGCCUCCAGAGCUGCAUCUUAGAGACCUCCAGCCGUUUGCUCCAGCCCUCAAAGGGGCUGGGCUGCCCCAAUCCAAUGGCUUCUAGGGGUGGGGUGUGUAUAGUGGGGAGCUGUCCUUAGAAGUCAGCCUGAGAUGAUUGUGUACAGGAGAGCAUCCCACAGAUCCACAGAUGGCCAGGAGGGCCUUUAGGAUCCAUUGGGGAUUGUCAUGAGGCCUGAUUAAGCCAGGUCACUGACCAUAUGGGGAUCAGGAGCUCACAUUUUAAAAGUGUGUGCACCUAUCCCAACAGGUCUGUUUUCCCCCAAAAACAUAAAUCAUAAAUGUGUGAUGGAAACUGCCUGUCACCACUCAGAUUCCUCCCCUUUCUGUCUGGAAUUGAGAGUUCAGCCCCUGAAGUCUCUGCUGGGCAAGCCAAACCCUGGGACAGAAGCUUCUGUGAAGCCAUGUCCUUCAAGGAUGUUGACUCCAAGGCAGUUUGUUUAGUUUCCUAGCAUGGUUCUAACUAGUACUAAAUAGGCUCUUCUAACAGCACAAGGCUGAGGUCUGGUGUCAGCUGGAUUGGUUCUUUCUGAGGCUAGAAGGAGAGAGUCACCCUGGGUCUGAUGGUCACUAACACUUGUCUGUAGCCCUGGGCUUGUACAAACGUCUCUCCAUUUUGCCUUCAUCUCCAAUGUGUCGGGUCUCCAAACUUACCUUUUGUACAAGGAUCCCAGUUUUGGGGUUGGGGCUCACCCUGUCUGCCGCAGCAGAACCCCACCUACAUCUGGAGCAGCCAUUUCCAAAUAAAGUCCCAUCUUGAGGUCCUAGGAGUAAGGACUUCAACACUGGGGUUUGAGUGGACAUAGGCAAACUCCAGAUAAUUCCGUGGUGCUGUUAUUCCUGCCUCAGAUGAACCAGUUGGAGCUUGAGGUAGCUUGCUUGCCAUCUUUGAAUGCUGGGUUUGAUCCCAGUUGUCUGCUCUCAGAGCUGCUGGUAUCUACAAGGAAGAAUCUUCAUCCAUGGCCUUUAAGUUCAGAGCCUGGCAAUUCUGGGAUUGGCCGCUGGCAGGAGACCUCAAGGCAUCAAAAAUGUGGUCUUACUGGCUAGGUUCAGCUGUGAGGGUGCUGGCCUUAGUGUGACUAUGACUGGACUUGAGAGCUGCAGCCAGGCUGGUUCUGAAGGCUGGACCAGCUCUCAGCUGUGAGGAAACCUGGGAAAAUGAAUUCAAGGCCUCUGGUGCUCUCUCCUGAUUUUCACAUCAAAAAGCCUCUAACCUAGACCCAAUCAAAGAAUUAUGAGGCUUUCUUUUUCUGCUCAGUACAUCACCCAGAAAUAGUAAAUGCAAUAAAACCAUUUGGUCACAUCUUAAACAAGAAAUAAACUGUCAGAAGUCCUAGUUUCUAAA